AUGCCCACCAUACCCUAUCUGGCCUCACCGGCGGUGGCGAAUAGCUACUACUCUCUGCCGCGUCGUUUUGCACCACAACGCGGAAAGCCACCGCGUCCGCCAAUGACAAUGGGACCCGCAUCAGCCUGGACCCCGAUGAUGCAAACGCCCUAUCCGACACUGCUGUUUCAACGGCCGCUCAGUAAUUACCACUGCAUCUGCUGUCCGCAUGGGCAACAUCAACCCUCGAGACGGCAAUCGCGAGUUUUCAACUUUGAACAGGAGGGUUGGUCGAGCGAGGGCAAUGGUCCCAACGCCUCGGAGCCAGUCACCCUCACAAGGAAUAUGGGUAUGCAGCUCGCACAGGAGAAGCGCAUGGAAACUGCUCAGUCUACGCUCAAGCGGGUGCCUCUAUCCGCAGCCGAAGAUUAUCCAGAGAAACCCCUCGGUGCAAUUAAUAUUCCGGUACAGAACGCGCAGAUGAGUCCCUCACCCGGCGUGGACAUCAGUGGUGGCGACGGGGUCAGCAGCUCAUACCUACGCAGCACCAAAACUAACAUCACACAGGAGUCAGCCUGGAACAUGCAGUCACCAGGCAGCGCACUCCACGGCGAGGUUACCCGAGAGGAUGGCUUCCCCAUCGACUACGUAGACCUCAUUGAUGCCAGCUCCGAGUACAUCAAUGGUGCAGACAGUGAAGACGACGAGGAAACCGCGUUGGUGGCACCGGACAAGAAGGUGGUGGUGGGCUUUGCAGUGUCGGCCCUGAAGUCCUACAGAGUGCCGGUAGAUGUGGCGGCUUGUUUGAAGAAAUCAAUGGAUGAACAUUAUGGUCCCGUGUGGCAGGUAAUUGCCGGACCUGGAGCCUAUGGUAGUAACAUCGCCAGCAUGAAAGACCAACUGCUGCACUUUAAGGUUCAGGGAUGGGCCUUUUUGCUCUGGAAGACGUCCACACAUUGA